AUGCAAGACGUGGAAAAUUACGUCAAAAGUCGUCUCCGAUUCAACAACACUGCUCUCGUCGAGGAUCUACAACCACAACUCCUAGAAAAGGCUGCGGGCGUAUUCCUCUGGCUGAUCUUAGUCGUUGAUAUCCUCAAUACCGAAUACUCGCAAGGUGGACUGGCCUUGAAGAAAAGGCUUGUGGAGUUACCGAGCAAUCUAGGCGCCUUAUUCAAAGAUAUCCUCACGCGCGAUAGCAAGAACAUGGAGCAUCUGCUCUUAUGCGUCAUCUGGAUCCUUUGCGCCAAGCGACCUUUACGACCCAAGGAAUUCUACCACGCACUCUGGUCUGGUCUAUCUCAGAACGACCUCGUUGACCCCGAUCCUCCAACCGUCACAAGUCCGGAAGAUGAAGACAGCGCCAUAAGAUGCGUAAUCGGUUUCUCCAAGGGACUGGCAGAAAUCACCAAAUCUACGCAGCCAACGGUCCAAUUCAUACACGAGUCUGUCAGAGACUAUCUUCUCAAAGCCGGGGGACUUGCGGAACUGUGUCCUGAUCUAGGCUUUGACUGGGAGCUCUCAAGCCAUGAAAAACUAAAAUUUCCCCUCGAAGACUGGAUUCGCAUCUACAACCGCUUUGAGAAGUACAAGAUCCGACAAUAUACGCAUCAAGCAAGCUUAUACUACGUUUGCUCAGGGAUGGACUGCUCAAGGCUCAUUCCCAUGAUACAUGGCGAAGAUUGGCGACGCCGUUCUGAGGACCGGUACAACUAUCCGCUCUUUGCUGCCUUGGCUCAAGGCAAUAGCAAAUCAGUCGCCGCUCUCUUGGGAAUACCCUCCGUCAUCUACAAUGGAACGGACAUCAUGGAAGGGUUGACGCGCACAAGAGACUUUUCAGACUUCAAGAAGCGAACACCAUUAUCUUGGGCAGCUCAAAAUGGUCGGCCCGGGAUGGUAAUGCUUCUUCUCCGAGCUGAGUAUGAUGUGGAUGAACUUGACUAUGGAGAACUUACCCCACUGCACCGGGCUGCUGAGAAAGGCCACGAGUCGAUUGCAAAGCUUCUGAUAGAGAAUGGGGCAGAUGUCGACUCCGAGGGCAAACGUAUGCGUACGCCCCUUUUGCUUGCUAUUACGCAUGGUCGGGAAGCGACGGUGAGGAUUCUCCUCGAGAACAAUGCAAAUGCCAACGGCAGUAGCGACAAAGAUUACUCUAGCCCGUUAUACGAAGCUUCAUUGUCAGGAUACAAGGUUGACCCGCCAGAAGCAAUUGUCAAGCUUCUCGUCGAAAAUGGUGCAAAUAUUAAAUACAGACACUAUGAUGGCGGCACAGCAUUACACGCAGCUUCUGAAGAAGGCGAUGAGAGAAUUACCAAAUUUUUUAUCGAGAAUGGCGCAGAUGUCAACGCUGUAGAUAAAGAUCAAGAAACAGCACUACAUCGCAUUUGCUGCGCGAAUGGGAUUUCUCUAGCUAGCCCGCGUAGGCUCACCAUCCUCGAGACGCCUGGUGGCCCUGACGCAAGGCUCCAGAAAAUCGACGAAAUCAUCAACAGACUUCUCAAUGGAGUUGAACCAAAUGUCCCCAGCGGCAUCCACCGAGGCGACAUAGGAUCCAAAUUAGCUUCGUCAUUCAGCUAUGAAGAGAUCGUUCGACUUCUCGUCGAGAACAAGUUAUAUGCUGAGGCGGUAAAUGACGAACGGGCUGUACAUUUUUCGAAGAAGCGAGAUCAUGAUUACCAUGCUACUGCCAAAGUUCUUAUUGACAACGGAGCAGCUCUCAAUGUACUGAGCACCACUGGCGAUACACCGUUGAACCUUGCCGUGACUACUCACGAUAGGCAAAUUCUCCAGCUGUUCCUCGAGAGUGGAGCAGAUGUUGACCUGAUGGGAGGCCGAGGCAUGCCCACGCCGUUGAUUAGCGCUAUAUGUAUCCUGCGAGAAGACAUGGCUGUGGAUCUGAUCAAGCACGGGGCAAACGUGAACUUUUCAGAUCACACUAGCAUGACGCCACUUUCUGCAGCAAGGCAGGCUGGAUGCAGUGCUUGGUUGAUCAGGCUUCUCGAAAGGCUAAGCGAUAUCUGA